AAACACUGGAUAAUUUUGUAUUUAUUUACAUUAAAUUUUAAAACACACCUGCUGAUUUUUUUGUGAGUAAAAUAAGUAAAAUAAAACAUUGUAUUCCGUUUUAUUAAAUUAAAUAAUUUAAAUUUCUAUAAUUAUACAGUGAAUGUGUGUGUAUAUAUAUAUAUAUAUAUAUAUAUAUAUAUAUAUAUAUAUAUAUAUAUAUAUAUAUAUAUAUAUAUAUAUAUAUUAUUAUAAUAAAUAUUUUAUAUUUAUAUAAUUAUAUAGUGUAUGUGUGUGUAUAUAUAUAUAUAUAUAUAUAUAUAUAUAUAUAUAUAUAUAUAUAUAUAUAUAUAUAUAUAUAUAGGUCUACCAAUUAAUUUAAUUUAAAUAAUAGCGAAAAAAAGAAAAGGUUAAUUAAGUCGCAAGGCAUAAUCAAAAUUUGAAUCCGAUUUUUUAAAACGUUUCAGGCGUCAUGUCAUUGAAACAAUUUUAUCUGAAGUUUAACUAAACGGGGAAGAAUAUAUAUUUAAAAAGUUGAGGGGAAAAGAAUUAUUGACUAAAAGUGUUUUCAGAUGGUCUUAGGCGAGCCCUGGGAAAGGUUAGCGCGACCCCCAAAGAGGUUGCGACCCACAGGCUGAGCACCGCUGACUUAAUACUUACAACAGGCCUGCACAACAUACGACCAACGGGCCGCAUGUGGCCCGCCAGCACCCACGUUGUGGCCCGCGAAGUUACGAAAUAUUCUUUAUUCUUAUUAUUUUCUUAAAAGCUCCCCCCCCUCCGACCUAUUUUCUUUUGGCCUGCACAAGUCCUGUCCUAUUUUCGUUUGGCCCGCACAAGUUUUUCAUAAUGUAUUCCGCCUUAUAUUUUGAGUUGUGCAGGCUUGCUUUACAACUAUGACCUGGGUCACCGUUAUUUUCAAGUUCUAUAGCAGUAGGCAGCCCAAAUCUAAUGACUAAGUCAACACUGCAACAAAGCAAUGUAAACUAAAUUUAGUUUUAUCUCUCUUAUCUGAAUCCAUGGUCUAAAAUUGCACACACUUGUUGUUUGCAGCGUGAACAAGAGGAGUCUAUGCGGUGUAUUUAAAAUCAAACCAAAAAAUGUAAUACGAAAAGAAAGAAAAAAAACUACUUGAGAAAAUAUGCGAAAUAAAAACUACAUUUUUGGAAAGGUAAAUAUUAUAAAGUGAAAUCUAAAAGAGUUUUUCCAGCAACUCGAUUAUGAAUUUAACCAAUUUCAACAAUCAUUUAAAAAAAAUAAUGGCAUUUGUUGGUGCACCGAGUCGUUCAAGUAAUAAUGUUGACGAAGUCUAUUUGUUCGAUCAAAUGCAGAAUAACUGUAAAGAGAAAAAUGAAAGCGAUAAUUCCGAUAAAAAAACAAUGGGCGAAGAUAUCAAUUCACAUAAUUAUAAACGCUUUCAAAAGAUCGAGGCUCAGCUGGAAGAAAUAAAUAAAAAACUAGGAAUUCAAGUUCAAGGAAAGCAGCUACAAGAGAUUGGGAUGAAACAAAGCACUUAUAAUAACGGACCCAUAACAGAUGCAAACUCAGUGACGGAGUUAGCAGACGGAGUCACAAAAGAUGCUCUGGAAAUGACAGCAAUACAUUAUAGACUUUUAACCCCACUUUGUAAUUCGUUUAACGAAUGUAUUGUUCAGUUUGAUCCAAUUAAUAGAGCGUUAAAUUUCUACGGCAAACUGAGUUUAAUAAGAGAUUGCCAGACUAAAGUUAUGCUGGAGAUGAGAAAACUGAAAGACGAAACCAUUGUCGUCUCUUCUGAAAUGAUGACUUUAUUAUCAAAAGAGAGGGGCAAGAAAUAUCUUGACGAUCUCAAUUCAUCAGGUCUAAAUGGGGCCAUUGUGGAACUGGGGAAUCUCUGUGUGCUGGUUGUUGCUAAAGAAGAUGUAAUUUUGUCAGAAGCUGUAAAAAUACUAGAAGACAAAUUGAAUUUCUGCCCGAUAAUGAUACCCAAACCGGAAAUACCUUUGGAAAGACUCAAAAUGGCCAAACUAAAGUUGGAGUACACGCUGCUUGUUUAUGUUUCAUUUGAUGAUAACAAAAGAGAAAUACAAAUAUCAGGCGUUAAAGAAGAUGUUAUGAUUGCAAUAAAGGAGGUGAAUGAAUUAUUUGAGGAAUAUAAAGUGUAUAAGAGAAGUGUUGAUGUUUUGGGGCGUGGGGCUAUAUUUCUGGAAUCUUUUCUGUCUGAUCAUCUGAUUCCGUUGUCUUUUGGAUCGGUAGAGGAAAUAAAAUUUCAAACGACUAAAAAUGAUAAUGUAACAGUGCACUUGAAAGGAAACAGAUUUGAAAUGCAGCAGGCUCACAGUUUACUGCAAUCUGAGGCAAACACAAUUCAGGUGAUCAGAUGGGAUUUAUUUGAUGAGUUUACAAGACACGAAGUGUGUUUGAUUGCAAAUAGUUUUAAAAGUGGAGUAAUGAAAGCAAAGCUGGAAACGUAUAAAUAUAAAACCAAGAGCCUUUUUAUUCCUGAUAUGUCGAAUAUGUCAUUUUUCAUCGUAUCCCAGGCAAACAAGGACAACCCAUGGAACAAUUCUACGAAACAGAUUUCCAAGGAUUCGCAAACGGUUCCUAAAAUUAGUUCAUCAAGUGCAGAAUCAAAGUCCAAAUUAGUGUUUGAAAUUACUGCGGAGUGUCAGUUAGUUGUUAAAUCAUAUGGAGACAUGGUUUCCAUCUUAGGUCCUGACUUAGACAUGAGAAAAACUCGAGUAGGUUCCACAUUCUGCUCAGCGUGUCCAUCUCAUUUGAUGGAACUGAAAAAAGAGCAAAAGAUUCAGCACGGUUCUCCUGUAGUUACUAUCCAGAAACCAAGUGGCCUCAAUUGCUUGGCUGUGUGCCAUGUUAUACUUGCUCCAUGGAAUCCUAAAAAAUCUCUUCAGCAACUUAAUGUUGCACUUGAAACUGUUUUUAAGGUAGCAAACAGUCUCGGUGCAAAGUCCGUUUCAUUUCCGCCCAUGGGGUGUGGCAGAGCUUUUCAGUUUCCUCCAUUGAAAGUAGCACAGCAAGUUGUUGACAGUAUUCGGAACGAGAAAUCGGCAACAGUUUUGAAUAAGGUUAUUUUCUUGGCUCUUGACUCUGAACUUUACAAAGGGUUGAAAAUAGAAGCAGCCAGACACUUUAAGUCAGCAGUAGUUCCACCAAAGCUAGUUACAUCGGGAACUCGAAAUAUGGCGCAUGAUUCUGAAAUUCAAUGUGCUGACAUGGAUGAUUGUGAAUACACGGAUAUUGUGAAUAACUUCCUGGAUGUCAAGUGUGAUUCAGAACUUCCAUGCCAUGCACGAAUUACUGUAGCAACCCUAAACGGAAACACUGUCAAUUCAGUUAAGGAAAUUAUCACUGAUGAUAUACGAAAGCAGUGUCUACACACAGAACCCAUAAAUCCAAGAUUGAUGGAGCAUUGUCCCAGAGAGUCUUGGCUUAGCAUUCUCCGAGAAGCUAUCAAACUGUCGGUCUGCUUGAAGCCGUCGAAUCAACCCCAUGCUAAUCAGGGUGAAUUUCAUUUGAUUGGUGAAAAACAUUCUGUUGCAGAGUUAACAUUAUUUAUAAAACACGAAUACCUUGAAAGAUUCACUCGUGUAAAAAAGAACACGUUGACAUCAGGUAGCAUUCCAAAAAGAGGAACCGUGGAAUUUAUGACAUACGCCGCUGAGAGCUAUGAAAGUUUUCCCUCGUAUUGGAGUCUGAGCAAAUCGCAGUCAGCUUUUUGGAAGAUUUUCCAGGUCAAACCUUCUAAUGAAAAUAGAAAUAUUUUGGUAGACGUUGACGAAGAAACAAAGGAUGCCAUCACAAAAUUCGUCACUCAAACGUCAGAUUUACAUCUUGUUGGCCUUGGUAAUGAUGCAAUGGGUAUAAAAUACUCUCACCUCAAAGUCACCGAUGUCAAAAGAGUCGAAAACCAGGAACUUUUUGAAAAAUAUCGUUUUGAGAGGAAAAUCCUAUUGCAGAAAAUGGCAAGUAGAGGACAUGCCUGUGAAGAUAUUGGGAAAAUUCCCGGGUCAAAAGGAAGAGUUGCCACCUCUGAGCUGCUCAGUGAGUCGAUGAAGAAAGAACUUUACCAUGAAGUUAAUGAGCAUUAUUUAUUUCACGGAACCAAAUCUGAUGCCAUUCAAAACAUCAUCCAUAACGGUCUAGAUCCAAGGCUUUCUAAUGAAGAGGCGAUGUUCGGGAAAGGUAUUUACGCCACUGAGAAAAUGACAAAGUCGGACCAAUACGCAGGUAAUUGA